AUGUUUAAAAUAAUUAAACCUACGCUAGAAUCUGAUAUUAGUCCUCAAUCGCUAGAAUCUUUAAAAAUUCUUCCAGGUGAAAUUUAUUCCAUUAUUUAUAAAAAUAAUCUUGCUUAUGUAAUAUUUGCAGAUACAAGAAUAUGUCUUAUUAACAAAUCAGACUAUUCAAUUUUACAAUUAUAUGAUGGACUAGUAGAAAGAGUAUCUUCUGUUGAAUACACAUCAUCUUAUAUUUAUGUUCAUUGUUUUAGUAAUAAAUUAUAUAGAACUAAAUUUACUGAACUUAAAUAUAUUCAUUUGUACACUGAUAUCACAAUGUUUAGUGUAAACCAUUUAGAUAACAUUUUGUAUUUAGAUACGAGAGGCAAUAUUUAUUUAGAUAGUGUUCUUAUAGAUAUAUUUCAAUUUGAUAUUAAAUAUAUAAGAUUUAUUAAUACAGAUAAAUGCAUUGUACAUAGUGACAAAAUUAUUUGGAAAGAUGUAGAAAUUCCACUUAGUAAAUUUUUAUUUGGAUAUAAAAAUUAUAUUAUUGAUUCUAAAGGUAUACAUGAUUUAAAUAGAGAGACAUUUUAUAAAAUUAAAAAUGUAGAGACUUUAAAAGAACAUGAUAAUCAUAUAUUGGUUUUAAAAUGUAAAAAAUGGUAUAAAAUACUACACACAAAAUAA